AUGGAGUACCUGAUUCGGUUUGCUCAAUGCCAUGAGAACUUCCGAAAGCCGGAAAUCCAGGCACUUGCCACGCUUGUUGGUGCCGACAUAGAAUUUCUUUCCUACAACGACCAUUCACCAUAUUGCGUUGUAAAGCUGCCAGACAAUGAUGCAGCGCGCGCGAUCAUCAAGCGAAGUGUGCUUGCUAAAGACGUCACUGAGCUGUGGGGUCAAGGCACAACCUAUGAUGAGGUGCAUGCCGCUGUUCGCCAACGGUCCUCUGAUCGCUGGGCGCAGUACCGCGAGUCCAUAUUUUCGUUCUCGGUGGACACAUUUGCAGGCAAACGCAGCCAGACCCGGAAGUCAGAGAUCAUUAAUUCGUUCGGAUAUAUGGCCUUAGAGGGCCCCAUUCGCAUGAAGAACCCCGAUGAGCAGUUCCUUGUGAUGGAAGAGUAUGUCUCAGAUGCCGAGCAAAGUCUCAUAGGCACAAAAAAGAUAACAGAGCCACGGAACAUUUACAUGGGUCGCUUCCUUGCCAGGAGUGAUCGAGAUACUAUCGUGAAACAUGAUCUGAAGAAGCGCCGGUACAUCAGCACAACCACCAUGGAUGCGGAACUCAGUCUAGUGACCGCGAACAUGGCUCUUGCUGCUCCGGGUAAGGUUUUCUACGACCCUUUUGUCGGGACAGGAAGCUUUUUGGUGGCCGCUGCGCACUUUGGGGCACUCACUCUUGGUUCGGAUAUUGACCCGCGCAGCUUUCGUGGAAAGGAUGAAGAGCGUGAGAAAGGCGAAAUAGCUGCUCUGCGGAACUAUAAGCAAUAUGACCUCGAGAGCAAGAUGAUGGAUCUUUUCACGUCGGACCUCACCAAUACGCCAUUGCGAAACUGUGGUUUGCUUGAUGGCAUUACGUGUGACCCGCCAUAUGGUGUGCGCGAAGGCCUUCGGGUUCUGGGAACGCGGGAUGGUGUCUUGAAGGAGCCUGUCUUCAUCGAUGGAGUUGCUGCUCAUUACCGGCCCGACUACAUCGCGCCCAAACGGCCCUAUGGAUUCGAAGCUAUGCAGAGAGAUAUUCUCGAUUUCGCAGUUCGCACCCUUGUUCCUAAUGGCCGUUUGGCAAUGUGGAUGCCCACAGCAAGUGAUGAAGCCCACAAGUUCCCAGUCCCCAUGCAUCCGAAUUUGGAGGUUGUCAAUGUUUCCGUCCAACACUUUCAAAAAUGGUCUCGGAGAUUGAUGACAUAUAGACGUCUCCCUGACGGAGAAACAUCUGAUAUUACGCAAGGGAGAAGUUAUGUCGAUGCAGAGGGCGUUAUGGCAGAUGAGCUUAAUGCAUUCCGGCGCAAGGUACAUGCGGACAACGAUCAAUCAAAUGGGGUACCAGCAAGCUAA